GAUAUCCAAAUAGCAAUAAUACGCAUCUAGGUAGUUAAUUAAAGGGGACACUCCAGGUACCGCAGUCCAAAGUAGCGCAGAGCAAUAACGUCGUUCAAACUUGGCGAAUCCUGGACGCCCUGGUACAAUUCGAUUCAGUCAACAUACCAAGCUUUCUAUAAUUCUACAAUCCUUUCAUAAUUUAAAUUAACACAUUUUAUAAAGGUCAAAGGUUAUAUAAAUGUAUUAUUCAAAAUUAUUCUCUACCAUUUUGUUAAUUAUUUUAUUUACCCCUUCAAGUGAUGCUUUUUUCUCAGCAUUUUUUCAAAAAAUCAAAAACAAUAUUUUAGGGGAAGAAAAUGAGAUUUCUGGGAAUGAUGUUGUCGACAACCAUCAAAACAAUUUAGAGCCUCCUCCAAUUAAUCCAAAUCAGUUUAGUGAAAAGAAUGAAAAUUUUGUUACAGAAAAAAUAGGAGAAAAUAAGGGGGAAGAUGAACAACAAAAUAAGCAUUUAUUGGGAGGUUAUUAUGAUCAAAAAUAUCAACAUUUUGGAUUUGGUGGGCCUAAAAAGGAAGAGAAUAUUGUAAAAGAAAAUGAAGAAUUAAAUGAUAAACCAGCAGAGACUGAAGAAAUUGGAAAAGUAGAGGAAGGGAAUGAAGAAGAAAAUGAGGAGGAUCGUUUAUUUGCUCGAAUUGCCAAUUGGUUUAAACAAAAUGCUGCAGAAAUUUUAACUAAAGGAAAAAAUUUCUUCAAAAAAGGUAAAAAAUCAGAAACUGGGAAUGAAGAAGCAGAUGAAAAAUAAUUGAAAUUUUGAGGAAUUUGAGAAAAUUUUUAAUAUUUUUAAAUGGUUUAACUAAAUAUAAUAAAAUUUUUAAGUUGUUUAAAGCAAUAA